UAAAUAUCCCGAGCACGGACGAAGCCACGCUAACUACUUUGAUGUGUACACAGGUAGUUUUUUAAAUUUUAUUAUUAACUUUGGACAACGAGGAGACGACACCAUGACAGUCACUUCGAAGCGUACUCUGAAAUAUUCGAUUGACGAGAUUCUACGUAAAGACUGUGGGAACGAUUCGGAUAUCACCCGAGAACCGUUCGGGACCCACCAACGAGACAGUGGUGCCAGACGCCAAUCCAAUGCAAUAUCCAGUACACACACCGCUUGUAGGCAAACUCACGUGCCAGCGAUGGUCGAAUCGACGAUGAUACCAGCACACCAACAACCAACAGCAGCUUACUGGCCGUAUCAUCAACUUUAUCAAAACUACUCCCUGCAACCUAAUAAAUUGACUCCAACUCCGUUAGAUUAUCGUUUACUAUACUCAACAUUCCUGUCACAUUCACAGCUUGCCUUCCAAAAUUCAGAUCAACAAAUCGCACGUCGUCGUAUUAGUCCAUUAUCCCCAGCAUCUUACACUGGCUGUUAUGGUCUUGUACCGAAUCAAACACACUUUAUCAAUGGACCACACUAUUCUCAUACCUUCAAUGAUUCAACGGACAAAAGCGACCACGAACCUCAGAAACGGCACCCAACGCAAGCAAUAUCUCCAUGCGAUAGAGACAAACAUGCCAAACUUGGAAAACCUGAUACGGACAUUUCAAACACAAAAGUCUUACAUAUUGAAGACGAUAGUGUUGACGAUAAAGAGGUUGAAUACGACUCCGCCUCAGAAGACGAGGAACAUGCACGACGCAGAGAAACUGUCUGUAAAAUAGAGAACGAAACAGAGGAAACAGACGGCGACUUAGAGGAAAGUCACGACGACAAUAACAAUGAUUUCACACUAGAAACAGAUUCGAAAUACAAAAAACCUAAAAGAAGAGCGAGAACCACGUUUUCACCAGAACAGUUACGAGAACUAGAGAACGUUUUUAAAAUCACGCAUUACCCAGAUGUUCAUACACGUGACAAAUUAGCACGUGCAACUGAUUUACCCGAACAGAGAGUGCAGAUAUGGUUUCAAAAUCGGAGAGCCAAAUGGAGGAAAUAUGAAAAAUUGGGCAAUUUUGGUGGUCUGCAAGACUUGACGGAAACUGAAAUGGUUCCAGCCCCGAGAUCAUCGGCGGCAUCAACUCAUCAUCAUGGCUACAAUGAAAUUAACUUUGAUGACUGUCCUCAGCCAGACGUGGUCAGUAAUGAAUAUAGUCAAAUGGUAUCAGCGGCUGGAAUAACGAUACCUGUGCCUCCUGUCAUCCCGGCGAUAUCGCCCCCAGCGGUCAAUAUAAAUGAAACACCCGGGGGAAAUCGUGUAAGACGUUCAAGUAUUGCCACGUUGAGAUGGAAAGCCAAAGAACACGAAGCGGAGAUCGAAAAACAAUACUUCCGGUGA